AUGACUGUACGCCGCACAGAAGAGCUGCAGGAAUGGAUCUGUAACGUCACGGCGACGUCGAAUGACCAUGGCGAGCACUUGUCCAUGAUGCUGCGCGACGGCCAGCUGCUGUGUCUCUUGGCGAACGGCGUCGACCCCAAGGCGAAUCUCAAGGUGAACAAACUCAACACGGUGUUCCAUUCCAAGGCGAACAUCCGCCUCUUUUGCGAGUGGUGUCAGAAACAGGGGCUUAGUGACAGCGACAUUUUCCAGCCUGACGACUUGCUGGACACGGGGACGGACUUUGUCGCUGUGCUCGGGACGCUGUCCAUUCUCUUCGACAGGUUCGGCACGAUUGGCUACACGGGAGCAUUCGAGGAAGACCCGGUGUCGGAUGUCGAGUCUUUGACAUCCACAGGCAGUUCGCAGGGCACGUCACCAGUCAAGCAAGUGAACAGCAACAACAAGCUCACGAACUUUAUGAAGGGCGGAUUUCUCUCGCGGAAGAAGAAACAACCGGGCAAGAAGACAGCCGAGAUGUCGCCGGAUAAAACACCUCCGUCGACGCCACCACCAAUGUCACCUCAGGUGGGAGGCGGCAUGAUGUCUCCGCCAGGUUCACCACCGAUGAUGGAGCCGGUAUCCCAGCAGCAAGUCAGGAGCAACAGUGGGGCCACAAAUGCCAAUCGUUUGAACGCAUUUUUGAAUCAAGUGCCUGCAUCACGUGGGUCCCCAUUAACACACGUGGAGCGUCCGACAGGUCCUCUCAAGAAGGUCAAUACAGCCAAGAAACUGCCAGCAGCAAAGACCAAGACGCCACCUGUUGCAAUGAAGCCGCCGUCUCCGAAACAACCUCCAAAAUCGGUGCCUGCUAAUGUGGACGCCCAGAACAAGCUUGCAGCUUUUAUGCGAUCCAACUCGCCCGUUGUUGAGACAGCGACUACUUCAGGGUUAUGUACCACCGGGUCACCACUUUCUCCUACUUCGGGGGACAAGCGUGUCGUCUCGACCUUGUCCCCACCAAAGUCCGAACCUGUCAGAGGUCGCGGUUCCUCGAGUGAGCAGUUUGCGCAGCGUCAGGCUGCCUUUACAAAAGGUAGCAGCAGUCCGAAGCCCAAGUUGUCUGCUUCUGCUCCGAUCAAGGCUGCUGUUGAUCAGGGAUCUACCAACAAGCUCAACAACUUCACGAAGCAGCAAUCGCCCCCGUCGACUGCUUCUUCGGCGAAGCCUCGUUCUUCCAGCAAGCUCGCUGCAUUCUUAGCGACGACGAAGCCUGUUUCUUCGGUUGCAACAGUGCCGUCCGCUGCAGCGCCAAAACCAACGCUUGCUUCGUUCAAACUGCCUCACAGCACAUCGAAUGGAGACCGAGAUAUCCCGAAGCCUGUGUGUGAUAGACCAACACCCGCAACGCCUUUCACUCCGACGCCUUUCACUCCACGCCAGAUGAUUGAGCGCUCUACAGGUCGCGGUAAUUACGUGCGCAAGCGCCAAACGUAUUGGGUUCCUCCUAAGCGUCGCCGCAGCAGCUUCAGCCUUGAGAAGAAACGAAAGGGGUUCAUGAACGAGCAGCUGGAAAUAAAGGAAGAGCAGCUUCGUCAGCAGGCUGCUGGCGCUGGAAACAAGCAGAACUUGAUCGUGCCUGGCGUGCAGUGCUACAUUCCCGACAAAGAAGAAGUGUGGCUGCUUUCUGAGAUUGUCGAUUACAAUGACCGCCGAAAGGAGGUGACAAUCACGGCGUUCUUGGACUCAGGCGAUUCAGAGCAGCGCGUUGUGGAUCUCAAGAAUCCGGAUGUCAUCCGCGCAGUUGCAGGUCCGACAGCGACGGAGGUGGAAUCACUUCCGGUCGCCAUUCUUCACGACAACCCGGAGGGUGUGGAAGAUAUGCGCUUGCUUCGGUACUUGAACGAGCCGUCGAUUUUGUUCAACUUGAAGCAGCGGUUUGCCGCCUCGAAGCCUUACACGUACACGAAUGACAUCGUGAUUGCAGUGAACCCGUACAAAUGGAUUGAGAAUCUGUAUGGAGAUCACCUGCACGAGCAGUACUUGCGGCAGCCUCGCGAUGCACUCUCUCCUCACGUGUACUCAACCUCAACGGCUGCCUUCAAUCGCAUGAAGGCGAACAAUAUGAAUCAGAGUAUUCUCGUGAGUGGUGAGUCUGGUGCUGGCAAGACCGAGACAACGAAGAUCGUGAUGAACCACUUGGCUAGCGUGGCUGGUGGUCGCAAGGACAAGACCAUUGCCAAGGUCAUUGACGUGAACCCGCUUCUCGAGUCUUUCGGGAACGCCAAGACUACUCGAAAUGACAACAGUUCUCGUUUUGGCAAGUUCACGCAACUACAGUUUGAUGGCUGUGGCAAGUUGAUCGGUGCAAAAUGCGAGACGUACUUGCUGGAGAAGUCGCGCGUGGUAUCGAUCGCUGAAGGUGAGCGGAACUACCAUAUUUUCUACCAGCUCUUGGCUGGUUUACCUGUCGAAGAACGGAAGGAGUUUGGUCUCGACCCUGACUGCAAGUACCAAUACGCCGGGUCACUGGCAGAAAUGCAGAUCCCCGGUCUCGAUGACAGCAAGUGGUUUGCAGGCACGCAGAAGUCACUGUCCACGAUUGGUCUGGAUGCUAGUGCCCGAACGGCGCUUUUCAAGAUUCUUGCAGGUGUGUUGCUGCUUGGCGAAGUGGUGUUUGACACGAGUGGCGAGAGUGGAGCGUGCAUAUCGAGUGGUCCAGCGCUGGUCCAAGUUGCCAAGAUGUUCGGGCUUCCUACGACGAGAAUCGAAGAAGCGCUUUGCAAUCGCACGGUCAUUACACGCAAUGAUAGCGUGACUGUUCCCCUCGCUCCGGUUGAAGCGGCGGAAAACCGCGAUGCAUUGGCCAAGACGAUCUACUCGAAGAUGUUCGACUGGAUGGUGGUAAAAAUCAACGCUGCUAUCAGCACGGACGAAAGUCGCAUCAAGGGUCAAAUUGGUGUGCUUGAUAUCUUCGGUUUCGAGGACUUUGUCCACAACGGGUUUGAGCAGUUCUGUAUCAACUACGCGAACGAGAAGCUGCAGCAGAAGUUCACAACGGACGUUUUCAAGACUGUUGAAGACGAGUACGUUCGCGAAGGGUUGCAGUGGGACCACAUCCAGUACCAGGACAAUGAAGGCAUUGUGGAAGUGAUUGAGGGUAAAAUGGGUAUCAUUGCGUUGAUGAACGAUCAUCUUCGUCAGCCGCGUGACACGGAAGAGGCUCUGGUGAACAAGAUCCGCACGAACCACCAAGUGAAGAAGAACGGCGACGCGAACGAGAGCAUUGACUUUCCGAAGGUCAAGCGGACUCAGUUCAUUGUCAACCAUUACGCUGGUCCAGUCACGUACGAGACGGUGGGCUUUAUGGAGAAGCAUCGUGAUACAUUGCAGAAGGAUCUGCUCGAUUUGGUCCAGUUGAGCAGUCUGCCGCUUCUUCCAGAGCUGUUUGAAGACAGCGAAGAGUUGAGUGGAAGCGGAAGUGGACGGAGCAAGAAAGCUCCAAAGAGUCUUGGCUCUCAGUUCAAGACGUCGUUGGCGCAGUUGAUGGACAACAUCAAGACGACGAACACGCACUACGUCCGUUGCAUCAAGCCAAACUCGAACAAGAGUCCGACGGAGUUCAACAAGCGCAUGAUCGUCGAGCAACUGCGAUCGGCCGGUGUGAUUGAAGCUAUUCGCAUCACGCGGUCUGGUUACCCAAGUCGAUUGACUCCGAGCGAGUUGGCGACGCGCUAUGCAAUCAUGUUCCCACCAUCGAUGCGCAGCAAGGACGUGCGCCGGACGUGCAGUGUCUUCAUGACAUCGAUCGGUCGCAAGUCCCCGCUGGAAUUCCAAAUGGGCAAGACGCUUAUUUACUUCAAGAACGGCGUGAUGGAAGAGCUCGAGGCCAUGAAAUCGGAUUUCAUGUACUAUGAAGCGCGUACGAUCCAGCGUGUUGCACUGGGUUUCCUUGAGCGACGACGUUUGCGGAAGAAGAUCCGGGCAGCCAUUGUCCUGCAGUCGUACGCUCGCAUGUCACUGGAGUUCAAAGAGUAUCACUUCCAGCGCCGUGCCAUCAUCAAGAUCCAGCUUGGCUGGAAGAAGUACAAGGCGAUUCCGGUCGAGUCGGCGUAUGACCGUUUUGACAGUGACCAGUGGGCAGGUGAGCUCGACGACAUGGACAACUCGGACACAGACGAGGGGUUUGGAGACGAUCCGGCUAUGAUGCGUGGAGGACGCCACCGGUCCGUGGCCGACCGGAUGGAGUCGUUUAAAGUUGCUCACUCGGGUCGUCGUGGCAGCGUCAAGCGUCUCAAUGAGUUGUCAGCUCGUGCAAAGAGCUUUAUGAAGCCCCGCAGCGGCAGCGGCAGCACGUCGAGUUCGAGCGGCAUUUCUCUCGAAGAUGAGAACUCGAUGCUGAAGAUCGAGAACCGCAAUCUGAAGUACGACCUCGAGUUGAUGCGCGAGCAGUGCAUUGAGCUGCAGGCGAUCAUUCUCGAGAUCAACAAGAGCCGCAAGAGGUGA